AUGGUGAUGUCCCACGGCACCUACACCUUCCUCACCUGCUUUGCCGGCUUCUGGCUGAUCUGGGGGCUCAUUGUGUUGCUAUGUUGCUUCUGCAGCUACCUGCGGCGGCGCAUGAAGCGGCGGCAGGAGGAGCGGCUGCGAGAGCAGCACCUGCGCACCCUGGAGAUGGAGCCCCUCCACUACGAGGGCUAUGGGGGCCCUGCCUACGGGGGCUCCGGCUAUGGGGGCGGGUACAUCAGGAACCCGCCGGGCAUCGCGGUACCUCACCGACUCCGGAUCGAGCCCCAUCGCCCUCACCUCCCACCCCCGAGGCCGUGGAGCUGCAGGCAUGGUAAGGGCACCCGAAGGGGACUGAGCCCACUCCUGGUGCAGAAUACAGUCGCGUUUGGGAGGAGCGCUGCUUCUGCAGGUGGGUAGCUGGCUGGCGAGAACAGAAGAAGUCAGGCCAUUGGUCCAUCCAUUGGCUGGCAGGGGCUCCCCAGGGUUCACGCAGGAGUCUCCCCGCCCUCUCUGGAGAUGCUGGGGAUUGAACCUACAACCUUCUGCAUGCAAGGCAGAUGCCCCACCACCGAGCUACAGCUAAGGGAGCCAAAGCUGCCUCCAGUAGGCUGAAAGGGUUCAGCCUUCAGACCGAACUGCUAUUAACCCAGAGCUUGCAAAGUUUCAGCUCCAUUAAUGGCAGCUUCCAACAAAAUAUGAAGGAAUGAAAGAAAACAUUGCUUUGGGCUGCCUUCAGAAGUCUUCUAAAAGUCAGAUAGUUGUUUAUUUCCUUGACAUCUGACACGAUUGUUCCACAGGGUGGGUGCCACUGCAGAAAGGGCCCUCUGCUUGGUUCCCUGUAAAUUCACAUCUUGCAGUGAGGGAACUGCCAGAAGGCCCUCAGAGCUGGACCUGUGUCUGGGCUGAAUGAUGGGGGUGGAGAAGCUCUUUCCAGUAUGAAGGGCUGAAAUGGGCAGGAUCUCAGGAGGCUUGUUUAAGAGGAAGGUGGGGUCAGAAUGCCCAUUCCGUGUAUCCAAAGUCUUGCACCAUCCCUGAUCCCAUUUGCUUGCCUGUGAAGUGUAGGUCUGUGGUUGUAGCAGCUCUUGGCUUGUGAUAAUAGAGCUUAGGGUGUUUGUGUCUCUGUCUCUCCCCAAACCUUGCUUGGGACAGGUGAGCUUGUAUUUUGCAUGCCUGGGGGGAAGAGAGCAGGCAAUGGUGGGAUGGCACACUUAACUGUAUCAGUUCCUUGCACUCGGUCACUGUGAUUGCUUUGCUUGCAGAACCAGAUCCAUCCAAGCCACCUUGCUACGAGGAAGCAGUGCUGAUGGCCGAGCCGCCGCCGCCUUACAGCGAAGUGCUGACGGACACGCGCGGCUUGUACCGCAAGAUCACCACCCCCUUCCUGAGCCACGAGCAGCCGGAGAAGCAGGAGCAGCCGCCCAGCUACAAGCCCCUCUUCCUGGACCGGGGCUACAGCUCAGCGCUCCACCUGCCCAGCACAGCCAGCCGGGGCCCCACCUGCACCAACCUCUACUUGGAGGCUGAGCACUCGCAGCGCAUCUUCCCCAGCUGGACAGACUCAGAAUUCAGCACCAGAGACAGCUAUGAGCCGGGGCCCUGGCACCUGCCGGUCUCAAUGCCUUUGUUUGGCAGGACUACUGCAGUUUAG